AUGAGCGCGGAGCCGGAUCACACUCACGACAAGAAGAGGGUGAACCUCAGUAGUGAUGCAUCUGGCGCCGAGAAGAAAGAGGUGAAUAUUUGCCAUCGCCCGCAACACAUUCCUGGCUGUAAUACUGAUCCUCUUUUGCUACAGGAGCUUGACACCGCGACAGCUAUCCUCAAGAAAAAGAAGAAGCCUAACUCUCUGAUUGUCACUGAUGCCGUCAACGAUGACAACUCCGUUAUUGCCCUUUCCAACAACACCAUGGAUACUCUCCAGCUCUUCCGAGGUGACACAGUCUUGGUCAAGGGCAAGAAGCGGAAAGACACUGUUUUGAUUGUUUUGGCGGAUGACGAUCUUGAUGACGGAAGUGCUCGUAUCAACCGCGUUGUUAGACACAACCUCCGCGUCAAGCACGGCGAUAUUAUCACAGUCCACCCUUGCCCUGAUAUUAAAUAUGCCAAGCGUAUCGCCGUUCUCCCCAUUGCGGAUACCAUUGAGGGUCUCACUGGGUCUCUCUUUGAUGUCUACCUCGCCCCAUACUUCCGCGAAGCCUACAGGCCAGUGAGACAGGGCGACCUGUUCACAGUAAGAGGAGGUAUGAGACAAGUAGAGUUCAAGGUCGUUGAGGUGGAUCCUCCAGAGUACGGUAUCGUCGCACAGGACACCAUCAUCCACUGUGAAGGCGAGCCCAUCCAACGAGAGGAUGAGGAAGGUAACCUCAAUGAGGUCGGCUACGAUGACAUUGGUGGUUGUAGGAAGCAGAUGGCACAGAUCCGUGAGUUGGUCGAGUUGCCCCUGCGUCACCCUCAGCUUUUCAAGUCCAUCGGUAUCAAACCCCCUCGUGGUAUUCUCAUGUACGGACCUCCUGGUACCGGUAAGACUCUGAUGGCCCGUGCUGUGGCCAACGAGACCGGUGCUUUCUUCUUCUUGAUCAACGGCCCCGAGAUCAUGUCCAAGAUGGCGGGUGAAUCUGAGUCGAACCUUCGCAAGGCCUUUGAGGAGGCGGAGAAGAAUUCCCCUGCUAUCAUUUUCAUUGACGAAAUCGACUCCAUCGCCCCCAAGCGCGAGAAGACCAAUGGAGAAGUUGAGCGUCGUGUCGUGUCUCAGCUCCUGACCCUGAUGGACGGCAUGAAGGCUCGCUCCAACGUUGUCGUGAUGGCAGCCACCAACCGCCCCAACUCCAUCGACCCUGCUCUGCGUCGAUUCGGUCGAUUCGAUCGUGAGGUUGAUAUCGGUAUUCCUGACCCCACUGGCCGUCUUGAGAUCCUGCAGAUCCACACCAAGAACAUGAAACUCGGAGAGGAUGUCGACCUGGAGACCAUCGCUGCUGAGACUCACGGUUACGUUGGUUCUGAUCUUGCUUCUUUGUGCUCCGAGGCUGCUAUGCAGCAGAUCCGUGAGAAGAUGGAUCUGAUUGACCUUGACGAGGACACUAUUGAGGCCGAGGUGCUCGACUCGCUCGGUGUCACCAUGGAGAACUUCCGCUAUGCCCUUGGUGUCUCCAACCCCUCCGCCCUGCGCGAGGUGGCUGUGGUCGAGGUCCCCAACGUUCGCUGGGAGGACAUUGGUGGUUUGGAAGAGGUCAAGCGCGAACUUAUCGAGAGUGUACAGUAUCCAGUGGACCACCCCGAGAAGUUCCAGAAAUUCGGUCUCUCGCCUUCUCGCGGUGUCCUGUUCUAUGGCCCGCCUGGUACUGGUAAGACCAUGCUCGCCAAGGCUGUUGCCAACGAGUGUGCUGCCAAUUUCAUUUCCGUUAAGGGUCCUGAGUUGUUGAGCAUGUGGUUUGGCGAGUCUGAAAGCAACAUUCGAGAUAUUUUCGACAAGGCUCGUGCUGCCGCUCCUUGCGUCGUUUUCCUCGAUGAGUUGGAUUCGAUUGCCAAGUCCCGUGGUGGCUCCGUUGGCGAUGCUGGCGGUGCCUCGGACCGUGUUGUCAAUCAGCUCCUGACCGAAAUGGAUGGUAUGACAUCCAAGAAGAACGUUUUCGUCAUCGGCGCGACGAAUCGACCUGAGCAGUUGGACGCUGCUCUUGUCCGUCCUGGUCGUCUUGACACUCUGGUCUACGUUCCCCUGCCCGAUCAGUCAUCGCGUGAGGGAAUUCUGAAGGCCCAGCUCCGGAAGACUCCCGUCGCUACCGAUGUCGACAUGGCCUUCAUCGCCAGCAAGACCCACGGAUUCUCGGGUGCUGAUCUUGGAUUCGUCACUCAGCGUGCCGUCAAGCUCGCUAUCAAGCAGUCUAUCACUGCUGAUAUCGAACGCCAAAAGCAACGCGAGGCUAAUGGCGAGGAUGUCACUAUGGAUGAAGAUGAGGACAUCGAUGAGGAAGACCCUGUGCCGGAGCUCACCCGUGCACACUUCGAGGAGGCGAUGAAGUCGGCCCGCCGGUCUGUCAGCGACGUGGAGAUCCGUCGUUACGAGGCAUUCGCGCAGAGCCUGAAGAACUCGGGAGCCAGCAGCUUCUUCCGCUUCCCGUCUGCCGGGGAAGUGACGGACAACAACACGUUCGGUGAAGCCGGCAAUGAUGACAGCCUCUACGAUUAA